AAAGUCUUUACCUAUUUUCCCGAGCUCUUGUAAUUCCUACUGGUUCUUGCGAACAACAGAGAAAGACGGUGAAGAAUCUCUAUUUUGAGAGGCCGUCUUCGUUCCCACAAUCAACCGUUCCAUAUGCUAAAAAUGAGCCGAAUUUAAUGCAAAAACCAGAUAAAAACUGCUCCUUUCUCACUCUUUUAUGUGAUUUUUUUAAUCUGUUUCAUAUAUUUUGAUUCGAUCGAAAAAGAAAUGCAAAUAUGCAGAAACAUAUUGACAUCAAAGAAUUGUCUCCUCCAAUCUUCUCAAUUUGCAUAUUUUCACUCAACACCAGCAUCCUUCGCUAAUUGGAAGAAGAAAUGGGCCUCCUCGGAUACAGAAAAAGGCCAACAACAUCCUAAGGAUACAGAAAAAGGCCAACCACAUCCUAAGACUGCCAUCAGAUUCGCAACUCGUCAAAAGCGUGCAGCUCGUAGAGAUGCUAAGAGAGCUUUGAAAAAUCUUAUUUUCACGAGGGGGUCUUCGAAUCAACCAUUUGAGGAUGACCGUCCAAUAAAGAGCAGCUGUAAAGUGAGCAAUGAAAAUUUAAAACAGGACAGCGACUCUGAUUGUUCGAGUAAGAAGCCUGGAUCAAAGAAGACUCGUCGGUCACGAAAUGCCGGAAAAAAACAUCCCUUUGGAAACAAUCGUAAAUCAAGAAGAGAGAGCUUUGAUGACUUCGAUUUAAAUCCAGAGCGAAUCUUUCGGGCAGCAUCUGAAGGCAAACGUUUUACUUGGUCCUUCUGGUCGUGGGAAGACUUGCAUUCUCGAAAUCCCAAUCUUGGGUUCGAGUGGAGAGACUAUAAUCCAAACUGGAGAAAUGAUAGGAGAAAAACGUGGAAUGCUUCUAGUGAAUCUGAAGAUGAGAAUGAGCCGUGUGGUGUAGGCUCACGCUCAGAUAGAACAAUUCUUGGAUUGCCAUUGACGGGACCCUUAAAAAUGGAGGAUGUCAAAAGCGCUUUCCGCGUAUCCGCGUUAAAAUGGCAUCCUGACAAGCACCAAGGGCCUUCACAGGCAGUGGCGGAAGAGAAGUUCAAAGUUUGUAAUGAUGCCUAUAAAUCUCUGUGCAAUGCUCUUUCUUCAACAUAAGCUGAUGGUAUCCGGAGUUCUUUGUAGGUUUGUCACCAAAUGAGAUGAUGGUAUCUAAUUUGAUGCACUUUUUUUUUCAUUCAUUUUAAUCAAGUUAUCAAGUUAUCCAAGUUAUUUUGGUAAGCCCUUCUCGACUGUCCAGACUCCAGCCUGACACCUCCGGUAAACUAGCAAUGGUUCUGUUGGUAGUAGGGUUUGUAAUGUGGGAAGUUACCACUGAAAGCAUAGAAUUAGGUAGAAUGUUUCCCAUUUUAAAAGGGAAUUGUAAAGGAAUUCUUUUAAAGAAAUGUUUUUUUUUUGUAUGAAAUGGGAAAAGCUUUAUUUGGCUUUGAACCUCUUGGUGUAAACUUUUUGCUUGCUAAUAAAGGUUGGUCACUGCAUAAACUUUAUA